AUGAAGCGGCAAAACGUCCGGACUCUGGCCCUGAUCAUUUGCACCUUCACCUACCUGCUUGUGGGCGCCGCCGUCUUCGACGCCCUGGAGUCCGAGGCGGAGACGGCCGACCGGACUAAGCUGGAGCAGAAGCAGCUGGAGCUCAAGAGCAAGUACAACCUCUCCGAGGCCAACUACUGCGAGCUGGAAGGGGUGGUGCUGAAGCUGAAGCCCCACAAGGCCGGCGUCCAGUGGAAGUUCGCCGGCUCCUUUUACUUCGCCAUCACCGUCAUCACCACCAUAGGCUAUGGACAUGCAGCCCCUAGCACUGAUGGUGGGAAAGUCUUUUGUAUGUUCUAUGCGCUGCUGGGAAUCCCACUCACCCUGGUCAUGUUUCAGAGUCUGGGUGAGAGGAUCAACACCUUUGUGAGGUACCUCCUGCACCGCAUCAAGAAGUGCCUUGGCAUGAAACGGCCAGAAGUAUCGAUGGCCAAUAUGGUCACCAUUGGAUUCUUCUCCUGCAUCAGCACCCUUUGCAUUGGGGCUGCCGCAUUCUCCUACUAUGAGAAUUGGACCUUCUUCCAGGCCUACUACUACUGCUUUAUCACCCUCACCACCAUUGGUUUUGGAGAUUAUGUGGCCCUUCAGAAAGAACAUGCCCUCCAGACCAAGCCCCAAUAUGUGGCCUUCAGCUUUAUCUACAUUUUAACUGGGCUGACAGUCAUUGGGGCCUUUCUCAACUUGGUGGUGCUCCGGUUCAUGACCAUGAAUGCUGAGGAUGAAAAGCGGGAUGCGGAACACCGGGCCCUACUCACCCGUAAUGGACAGGCCAGCAGUGUACAUAUUACAGACACUACUACAUCCUCGACCGCUGCUGCCGGUAGAGGAGGACUCCGAAAUGUUUAUGCUGAAGUUCUCCACUUCCAGUCCAUGUGCUCCUGCCUCUGGUAUAAGAGUCGGGAGAAGCUGCAGUACUCUAUCCCCAUGAUAAUCCCCAGAGACCUCUCCACCUCUGAUACCUGCAUGGAACAGAGCCACUCCUCCCCUGGGCAUUACCCAGAGACUCCAUCCAACAGAUGCUUCUGCAACACUCAGCGUUCAGCCAUCAGCUCUGUUUCCACAGGACUUCAUAGCCUCUCAGCCUUCCAAGGACUUAUGAAGCGGCGAAGUUCUGUGUAA